AUGGAGGAGGCUGAAAAGCGACAUUUGACUCAGCAGAAGACGCUUUUGCGAUGGGUGAACUCAAAGAUACGACAACCGCUCCAGCAUAUUGACCAGCUUUGCGGAUAUCCCGGGAGAAGCUCCAUUCCUCUUGUUGAGCUAGUUUGUGCGUUAUGGGAUGGCUUUGACCAAAGCCUUGCAGAUAAUAAAAAAUCGAAUGCGCAGCUGAACCGUAUACAUCGGGUGGAAAAGACUGUACAAAUCAUGGAUGUUUUGGUGGAAAAAGGACUGAUAUGGCAACGGUUCGAUGCAGCAAAGUUAGUGGAUGGAGACUCCAAAUCUAUAUGCAAUCUCCUGUUCACACUUGUGAUGGAAUUGGCCAAUGUUGAGCUUGCAAAUCUGGAAAAAAGCCAAAGCAUUGCACAUGCUAAAAAACGGGACUUUUUAGUUCAUUGGUGUCACCAGUGUACUUCCAAGCAUAGAAUAACAAAUGUUAUAGACCUAUCUUCAAGUUGGUCCAAAGGAAAUGCCAUAUAUGCAAUGUUUGACCAUCUGAAGCCUCGGGUGAUUGAUUAUGAAGAAAUGCUCGAAACGAAGUUGCCAGAGGCGAGAGCCGAAAAUUUGGACUACGUGCUGGAUCUCUUUACGGAGUUCUUUCAUGUUCCAAGACUUAUUGAUGCAGAGGAUCUGAUGGUUGAUAGGCCAGAUGAAAGAUCGGUCACAACACUUGUAGUGGAGUUGUUUAACUCGGUGCAGGAUAUUAGAGAUAGAGAGAAGGUGAUUGCUGAAAAGGAGGUUCUUGGAGGGAAUGACGGGUUCCGGGUGUUCGUGGACUCUAUGCUCCAAAUAGUGGAAAUGAGAACGGAGGUGGAAGCGAGUUUCACAAAACUGCAGGACUCAGUUGAUGUGCUCUUGGAAAAUUUAGCCUCGGAAAAAGCUGCUUCGAAACGAGCGCUUGCAACAGGCUUGAAACUGGAUACAAUUGGGAAGAGUAGUGAUCUCAAGUCUCGACUCAAAACGGUGGGCUUGCUUUCAGGAUGCGAAGAUAUCUUCAAGGAGAUUUUGGAGAUUGUGAAGGAAGAGACAUAUAAAUUAGAAGCCCCUGAGGUUAAGCAGAAUGAUUUCGAGAAGUUGCUGAAGCUUUGUGAAGACAGGUUCACCAGACUACUACAUGGAACAACUGCAGACGUCGAGAUAUAUCUUGACGAGGAUCUUUUGGAGCAUCUUCAGCUGAUUACCAAGAUGUCAGAGGAUCUGAAAAAGAUAAGCAAUUUUUCGCGAAUGGCGAAUAGCGCUGCCAAUGGAUGGGACGACUCGUGUGAGUAUCGUCUCGGAUCUCUCAAACGAAACAUCCAAGACCGAUUGGUAUUUAUCCAAAAAGAGAUAAGAACGAGAGACCGAUUGGCCAAUCUCGGUUCCAAAAAAGUGGACAAACUGGCUGCCGAGAUGGGAAACCUCAAUCUUGAAGAACUGGACUAUGUCUUCAACAAGUUUGACACUGGCUCCAAAGGAUAUCUGAACAAAUCAGAUACAAGAAAGGCAAUCACGUUCAUGUACUCGGAAGUGAAUGUUUCCGCUAUAGAGAAAGCUUUUGAGGCAUCUCUUGCCCAGACUGGAAGGGUUCUCCGCGGGCUUUAUUUUGACGAGUUUGUACACCUUUCCAAGACAUUUGGCGAUGACGAAAGCGACGACAACGAUACUGACGACGUCCUGUCUUUGUCUAACUUUGGUAUUCUGAGUCUGUUCAAAGAAGUCAGCAAUGAUUCAAACACAGUCAAGAUUUGCGAUCUUGAGACCAAAUAUGGACACGAUGUUGCCGAGAAACUCAAGGUGUUGAUGUUGACAUCUAUUGAUGAAAAGAGCCUUGAGUAUGCAAUAUUUUUCAAUGGGGGAUUCAAGAACAUAGUCACUCCAAAGGAGCUGUUUAUGGCCGCGAGAUGA